AAUUCGUCUGUUCGCCGUAGCCCCGCUAACCGAUGCGCGAUGCGAACGAGAUGAAGAUCGCGUGCAAAAAACCGAUCGCCUUUCUGCUGAUCGUUGCGUUCGGCGUCCUAUUCUUCUGCUGCAACAACCUGUACCUGUUCCACAUGGCGAAGGUGCGCCGCAGGGUGGAUCAGGACCCAUCGGCGGAGCAGAAUCUCACCGUCGGGCUGGAGGUGGUGCGCAGGCUCUGGGAGGCUUGGACCGUGGCUCAGUCUGGGGGCGUUGGUCCAGUUCUCGUGACUACAGCGGCGCCAUUCGAGCAGCAUCACUUCAACCGUACGGUUAGCGAUCGUCUCGGUGUCGAUCGACCCAUACCAGAUACGCGCCAUCCCAACUGCCAACAGCGCACCUACCUCACGACGCCAGGGCGUACUACAUCUGUGAUAAUAACGUUCCAUAAUGAAGCCGCUUCUACGCUGUUGCGUACGAUCGCCAGCAUCCUGCAACGCACUCCAUCCGAUAUGUUGCACGAAAUAAUUCUAAUUGAUGACUGCAGUAACGACCAUGAGGACAAGAAUCGGGUGCAUCCUGUGAAUGAAGGGGAAAAACCUCAUACUAAUCGGUAUUAUGAAUCCUUCUCCCAAAUCCCACUCGUACGAUACUACAGAAACUCCGUGCGGCAAGGACUGAUACGCUCCAGAAACAUUGGUGCGACGUACGCCACCGGCAGCUACAUACUGUUCCUGGACAGCCAUUGCGAGGUGAAUCGGGGCUGGCUGGAACCGUUGCACGAUCGGCUCGCAAUCGACGCGACUGCCAUCCUUAGCCCGGUGAUAGACAUUAUCGAUCCGCGUACCUUCGAGUAUCGGGCAAACAGUGCCCGAUUACGGGGUGGCUUCGAUUGGAGCCUGCAUUUUCGGUGGUUACCGAUCGCCGACGAGGAGUUCGAACAUCGGCGUCAUGAUGAAUCGCUACCCUUCUACAGUCCGGCCAUCUCUGGUGGUAUAUUUAUUAUGGCGAAGAAUCUGUUUGAGCAGCUUGGUGGGUUCGAUCCGGGAAUGGACAUUUGGGGAGGCGAAUCGCUGGAAAUGUCGCUGAAGGCGUGGAUGUGUGGAGCACACGUUGAGGUAGUACCCUGUUCCCGUGUUGGACACGUCUUUCGGCGCAAGCAUCCAUUUAGCUUUCUUCCGGACGGCAGUCAUUUGACGUAUUUACGUAACACAAAGCGUGUGGCACUCGUUUGGAUGGAUGAAUUCAAAAACUUUUUCUACGAUGCCCGCCCGGAAGCGGUUUCCAUCGACGUAGGUUCCGUUCGGCAGCAGCAGGAUCUGCGCCGUUCACUGAACUGUCGCAAAUUCAGCUGGUACCUACAGAACGUGUUUCUCGACUUGAAGCUACCGAACGAAAACAAUGUCGCAUUCGGGCAACUACGCCACGGCGAACGUUGUCUCGCCAUUAAACCAAAGAGAUCGCUAGCACCGGCCCGGAUGCGGAAGCGAUUGAUCGAGAACGAUGUAACACUGGUAGAGUGUGCAUCGCGCGAUAACGAUGGCAGUGAUGGGCAGCUCCAGUGGGCACUACAUAAAACCAAUGGGCAGCUAAGCACGAACCGCACCGUUUGUCUUACGGUGCGCAACGGGUAUGUCCUGACAGAACGAUGCCGUCAGAAGAGCGGCCAAAACGUUCCGGCACGAACUGAUGAUAAGGAUGGACAACGGUGGCAGCGACAGGGCGGAACAUUAAUACACCAAGCAAGCGGGAUGUGUUUGGAAAAUCUCGUCAGGGAGGAUGUGGGUGCAUCCGAAUGUCGCCGUGGUGCACCGUCCCAGCUGUGGAGUUUCUCCGUAGAAGUGCAACAGCUCACGCGCAAAUGAGCUAUGCUGACUUUUGAACCAAAAAUGUAUAUACAA